UACUAAAACAAGCUGGCAGCACCGCCAGUAAAUCAGCUGUGCCGUCUCGGUCGGAUGCUUUCCAGCCAGAAACAGCUAUUCUUGAAAGCAAUGAAAGUGUGACAAAAAAAGUUUAUUUACAAAUAAAAUUUAAAAAAGUUUAGCUUUUGCAUGCAUAUGACUCUGUGUCUGUGAUUUACUCUCAAGGUCCGGCAACGGCAACAAAUAACAUAAACAAAUGUGAGAAGUGAAGUCACAAGACGACGACGACGACGCGACGCCAGCAGUAGAAGCAGCAGCAGCACUCAAGAAUUUGCUGUCGUCGCCCAGCCAAUUAUGGGUACAAAAGAAUCCAAACAUGCAUGCAUCAGUUACGAGGAUGCAGUCAAACGUGUUAGCGAUGCCGAGCUGAGACGCUUGAAAGAUGCCUUCAAGAAAUCAGCUGGCGUGGGUCGCCUCUAUCUCAGUCGGAAUGCAUUCCAGCAGGAUGUGCUGUGCGAGGGUGUUCCGCCGAAGAUCACGGACAUGUUAUAUGCCGCCUGUGGUGGUACACAGCGCGGCAUAUCCUUUAAGGAUCUGCUCUGCGGACUGGUGCUGAUCACAGGUGGCACCCAGGAGGAGAAAACUAAAUUUCUAUGGAACUUGUAUUGCAACGAUGCUGGCACCUACAUCAUUAAGUCGGAGUAUGUGCGUAAUGUCAACCUGGCGCCGUUUGAGAGCGUCUCCUUGUUUGCUCAAAGCGAAAGAGCCAAUUUCGAACAGUUCCAGGAUUGGAUAAUCAAGCAUCGUAAUGCCACGGUCCUGUCCAAAUGGCUGCUGGCCGACAAUUGUGUCAGUCUCACCUCUGAGCUAGAAACCCCCACCUUUUAUCAGAGUCUAGCCGGAGUUACGCACCUGGAGGAAAAGGACAUUGGCGACUUGGAGAAGGAGUUUUGGCGCUUGAAGAACACUUCACAGAAUGGUCAAAUUGAUUUGCAGUUUCUGGGGCCGCUCAUUAGUCCGCCCAUACCAAAGAAUGCGCUUGCUGGACUCUUCAAUGCCUUCGAUGAAAAUCGCGAUGGUCACAUUGACUUCAAGGAGCUCUGCUGUGGCGUCAGUGCCGCCUGUCGUGGUCCCGGCGUGGAACGUACUCGGUUCUGUUUUAAGAUCUUUGAUGUGGACCGCGAUGGUGUGCUGAGUCACGAGGAGACGCUGCAAAUGAUCAACGUGCUGCUGUUUGUGGCGAAGGAGAAUCGCGAUACACAACAAUACAAGGAGCUGACCAAACAGCAUGUCAUCAGCGAUUUAUUGGAGUUUGCCCAGCGCAAAAGUCCUGACGGAGCUCCCAGCACUCUUACACGGGACAAUGUCUCACUUACGGCGGAGGAUUUCAUGCUGUGGAAUGUUCAAUGUGGUCUGAGACUAAUGCAACCUCUAUUGGACCUGAUCUUUGAGCUGUGCCACAUUGUCUUUGGCCUCUGGCCACAAUGCAAGCACAUGGAAUACGAUAUUGUUCGUGGUUGGCUGCAACGCGAGGAGCGUCGUCCUUACCGCGUUGGACAGUUCUGGUAUUUGAUAUCACGGGAUUGGUGGCUCAACUGGAUGCAGUACACCCAGCACACGGCGCAUACUUGCGAGUAUUGCAAACGCACCGCCAGUCAACGCAGUGCGGUCGAUGAGGCACUCGUCUGUGAUGAGAGUUUCAACACCCACAGCCUGGAGCAGCACGACAGCUAUUCCCUGGGCUCUGGAUCUGGCAGCAGCGGCAUCUCAGCGGGGCGUCACUGUGGUCAACAACAACGUCCCGGACCAAUUGACAACAGCAAUCUGAUCACAAUGAAUCCCCAUCGCAAUAUACGCACUCUGACCGGCGAGGGGGGACAUCUGAAAAGGGACACGCCUCUGGUGCAGAGCCACGACUUUGAGCUAGUUCCCAAGUCGCUGUGGAAGGCGUUAAAUCGUUGGUAUGGCGAUAAUCUGCCAUUACCACGUCAGGUGAUACAACCACCUAACUCGGAGGUGGAACUGGAGCUCUAUCCGCUUAAUCUUCGCAUUUUGCUGCAUCAGGCGCAGACUGCAUCCACGGGCGUCGGAGCUGGAACGCAGAUCAGCAGCUGGGGAUCAACGACAAGUGGUGGAUAUGGAGUACUGGCCUCUGGAGGUGGCUAUGCGGCCAUUGCAGCUAGUAGUGUGUUGCAGCCACCCAAACGUUAUCUGGCGUACACGGCGGCAUUUAGUCGACUUGCCACAGUGCGUCAGGUGGGUGAGUUCCUUUGCGAACAGCUGAGGUUGAAGCCGGAAGAUAUACGUCUGUGGCAUGUGCCGCCGUCGAAUGCAACACUGGAUAAUAGUGCCAUACUGCUGGAGGAGGAUACCAUGUGCCUGAAGGAGCUGGUGAUACGUGACAACGAUCAGCUGCUGCUCGAGAUACGCAAUAAGGAUCUUACCUGGCCCGAGGAGCUCGGCUCCCUAGCCACCGCCCAGAGUGGUCAAGUGGGCACCUGUCCCGGGGAUCGGCGACGCAUGACACGCACCUCUAUCAUGUCCGUGCAUGCUCCGGGUGCCACGGGGCUGCACAAUCUGGGCAACACGUGCUUUAUGAAUGCGGCACUUCAAGUGCUGUUUAACACACAACCUUUGGCACAGUAUUUCCACCGUCAGAUGCACCGCUUCGAGCUGAAUGCGGCCAACAAGCUGGGCACCCGUGGACAACUGGCCAUGCGCUAUGCGGAGCUGCUCAAGGAGGUGUGGACGGCCACAACACGUUCCGUGGCACCGCUAAAGCUGCGCUUUUGUGUCAACAAACAUGCGCCACAGUUUGCCGGCGGUGGACAGCACGAUUCGCAGGAGCUGCUCGAAUGGUUGCUGGAUGCACUGCACGAGGACCUCAAUCGAGUCAUGGAGAAACCGUACAGCGAACUCAAGGACUCCAAUGGGCGACCCGAUAAGAUUGUUGCCGCCGAGGCGUGGUCCCAACAUCAUGCACGCAAUCAAUCCAUUAUCAUAGAUCUGUUCUAUGGUCAGCUCAAAUCAAAAGUCAGCUGUCUUGGUUGCGGUCACGAGUCCGUGCGCUUCGAUCCCUUCAGUUUGCUCAGUCUGCCGCUGCCCGUGGAGAACUAUGUGUAUCUGGAAGUGUUGGUAAUACUGCUAGAUGGCAGUGUGCCCAUUAAGUAUGGUCUACGUCUGAAUUCCGAGUGCAAAUACGGCGAUUUGAAGCAUAAGCUAUCCACGCUCUGUCCGCUGCAGCCGAGCUUAAUGCUCGUCUGUGAGUUGUGGAACUCGCAGAUACGUCAGGUGCUCGCCGAUGAGGACAAGCUGCGAACGCAGAGUGCCAAGGACCUAUAUGUGUAUCAAUUACCGGAACAAAGCAAUAGCAGGACGAGAUCCAAUUCAGCAUUAAGCAUGCACAUAGAGCAGGGACUCAAGGAUAUACAACGCAGUUCGGCGUUAAUAACAGCACAGGAUUCGCUUUCAUCGCUAAGCACGUUGCAGAUCUCAAAUCGUACGUCCUCGUCGCGUGUUAUCUGUAAUGGGCAUGUCGGAGAUGGUCAGGAGAUUGCCAACAGCAGCACAGAUGUUCAAGAGUUGACCAAAUACAACAGCAAUGCUGGCCAAGUGCACGAACUGCAGCCAGAUGAUGCCGGAAAGGUAAGCCGGUGCUUUGGAAAAAGAGAGUGCAUGCCCCACAGUCUUUUUUGCUUCAAGGAGUCGCUGAUCCUCAGCUGCAGCCCGGAAAACAAUUUUAUGGAUGAUGCGGCUGCACAACAAAAGCGGAUUUCAUCCACAAAACUGCUGCACACCGGGAGCAACACCAGUUCACCAUCGUAUACGAAUCACUCGGGCGAGAACUCCAUGGAGAGCUCGCUGACGGAGCCAAUGCCGGUUGCCGAGCUGGCUGGGAGUCGACAUGGCAGCAACAGCGAUGAUGGCGCCUCCUAUCGCACCACCAAUGAGCACUCCAGUGGUUUGAGCACAGCUCACACACUGCACGAUCGUGAUGUGGACGUCGAUGAUGAUGAUGAUAGAGAUGAUGUUGAUGUUGAAGAUGAGGAGGUGGGCGAGGAGCCGGAUCAGCAUAUAACUACUUCACAGCCGGAGAGCACGAGCGGUAAUCAAACUAGCAGCGGCGUCUAUUCACGCCGCUCCUCGCAACCCUACAAGGUGGGCAAGUAUCUGGUAGCUGUCCAUCGCAAAAUCACUCGCCACGACAGCUACUUCCUCUCCUAUCAUAAGACGCGACCCAGUCUCUUUGGUGUCCCCCUGCUCAUACCCAAUUGCGACGGCGGCACCCACAAGGAUCUGUAUUGCGCCGUCUGGCAGCAAGUCAGUCGUCUGCUGAGUCCUUUGCCAGCUACCACCGAACAGGCGAAUCAUGCUGCCGACUGUGAUGACAGUCUGGGCUAUGAUUUUCCCUUUACGCUGCGAGCCGUCAAAGCGGACGGACUCACCUGCGCCAUUUGUCCCUGGUCAAGUUUCUGUCGCGGCUGUGAAAUCCGUUGCAACAAUGAAUAUGUGCUCCAGGGUGCCCUACCGCCCAUUAACACGACGCCCAACAACGCAGCGACGCCAAAAAUGAAUGUGAAGUGCCCAUCGUUACCUAAUCUGGAAGCGAAACGUGCACCGGAGUAUACAGCAUCUUUAUCCUAUACGCCAGCAACAAAAUAUUUUGAAGACUUUACCAUUGCCAUCGAUUGGGAUCCAACUGCAUUGCAUUUACGUUAUCAGAGCACCUUGGAGCGGCUUUGGGUGGAUCAUGAGACAAUUGCCAUAAGCCGGCGGGAACAAGUAGAGCCCGUGGAUUUGAAUCAUUGCCUGCGCGCCUUUACCUCCGAGGAGAAGCUGGAACAGUGGUAUCACUGUAGUCAUUGCAAGGGCAAAAAGCCAGCGACCAAGAAGCUGCAAAUAUGGAAAUUGCCACCCAUUUUGAUUGUGCACUUGAAGCGUUUCAAUUGCGUCAACGGCAAGUGGGUGAAGUCGCAAAAAGUGGUGCACUUUCCCUUUGAUGACUUUGAUCCAACACCUUAUUUGGCCUCAGUGCCGCAGGAGACGAUAUUGCGGCACAAGGAGCUGCUCGAGCUGAAAAGGGAUUUGGCAAGCAAUGAAAUUGUCAGCGAAUUGGAUGAAGUCGAUGCCAGCGACAAAGUCGAGUCAAAACCAAUAGAUACAGAUCCACCAAGCGAAGAAGCCUCCACAACAACAAAGGAAAUGCCACACACAGCUGGCAACCUGCUGCGUCAGAGUAAAUCGAGUAAUGCGGCCAGACGACAGCGUCUAAUCUCCACCAGCCUCACAAAGACACCAAUUGUGGAUGGCGAAUUCGAAGACUAUCAUCAGCAUAAGCUCAAAGCAGAUGUUGAUGAAUUCGAUCCCAGAUACAAGCUGUACGCCGUGGUGUCGCACUCGGGCAUGCUAAAUGGUGGUCACUACAUUUCCUAUGCAUCAAACACAACUGGUUCCUGGUAUUGUUACAAUGAUAGCUCCUGUCGCGAGAUAUCGCAUAAGCCAAACAUUGAUCCGAGCGCUGCCUAUUUGCUAUUCUACGAACGGCAGGGUCUCGACUAUGAGCCAUAUUUGCCCAACAUCGAGGGACGGGCGCUGUCCAACGAUGCCUCAUUGCAGCUGGAUGUGGAUGAGGCGGACGGCGAUCUUAAGAAAUUAUGCACAAUAUCGUAAUAUUGGAAUUGUAUUUGUUGCCUUCUGCAGCAGCUAAAAGGGCUAAAGGCUAUGAUCAAUCGCUUAAAUCUGUAUACUUUUCUAUUUAAUUUGCAAGUAUGUGUGUAGAUAUGUGUCUGAGUGUAGAUGCGUGUAUGAGUGUGUGUGUGUGUGCUUAUACUCUUUGUUAUUUACUAUUAUAAGCUAAUUUGCUGUUCUAGUUUUAUUAGUUGCCCCACAAUAUCUGAAUUUAGGGUGCAAAUUUUCUUGAGUUUUUGUUGUUCGCGUGGCAAAUGUGAUUUUGUUUACUGUGUGUACCAUAUUAUAAUAAUUAUAAAUAUUUUAAAUCUAUGUAUAAUUCCAAACUUAGAUUCGCUUAUAAUUUGUUUUUGUCAGUUAAUUACCUUACUAUUAUUAGAUUAUUUAAUUACAUCAGUUUGGCCAAUGUGUAGAGCUUGUUUGUUACAUUUGUUUCUCUUUUUUUUUUUUGUUUCAUUUUGAAUUAUCACUUAUUUUUUUGUUGUACUUUGGAAUUUGUAUUAGGCCCGCUAGAGCCCCGCUUGUAAUUAAUUACAUUUAUUCAUAAAUAUGUACGUGUAUAUGCAUAUUCUAAGUAUGCAAUUCCAUUUAUUUGUAACUACUGUAAAUAGGAUCAAGAUUAAAAUCGAGAUCUAAAUGAAUAUCCAAAUGCCUAUGGACGGCAAAUUGCUCGUCAAAUGUUGUCGAAAACAUGAUAUUAAUUAGCAAUAUACAUAUAAAUAUAUAUCUUUGGAAAUAUGCUACGAAUUUCACAUAUUUUACUCAUAUGAUAUAUGAUGUGUGUGCAUUGGUUUUGUAACGUACCAAUUUAUUGGUUCUGAAAUUAGUAUUGCGCUUAUCAAAGGACAUUAUAAUGUCGUAAUGAUUAUGUAUUUGAUAUUUACAAUCUGCAUAUAAAUGCAUAUACAAACUUAACUAAUUUAUACUUAAUAUACAUUCAAAUAUAUGCAUGAUAAAUAACUGAAACAAAUGUUACAAGUAUCAAAUAAAAAAUCUGUCGCUUGAA